GCAUUAUUUUGGAGUAAAAAUUGGACUUUACUUUGCUUGGCUUGGUUUCUACACAUAUAUGCUCAUACCAGCAUCUAUUGUAGGAUUGAUUUGCUUUAUUUAUGGCUGUCUCACAUUAAACAGUAAUGUACCAAGCAAUGAAAUAUGUGAUAGUCAAUUAGUUAUGUGUCCUCUAUGUGAUAAAGAGUGUCAUUAUUGGCUUUUAAAAGAAUCGUGUAAUGCUGGAAAAAUUACAUACCUUGUGGAUAAUGGAGCUACUGCGCUGUUUGCAGUUUUUAUGUCGCUAUGGGGUGCUGUAUUUUUAGAAUUGUGGAAAAGAUAUUCUGCAGAUAUUACUCAUAGGUGGGAUUUAACUGGUUUUGACACUUCUGAAGAGCAUCCACGUCCAGAAUAUUUAGCUAGAUUAGCUAAUGAAAGGAAGAAGAAGAUCAAUUAUAUAACAAGAAUGUAUGAGCCAUAUGUUCCAUUUUGGAGAAAACGACUGCCAUAUUCAAUCAUGUCUAUAUCAAUAGUUUUCUUACUAGUGACAGUUGCUGUAGCUGCAGUAGUUGGUGUCAUUUUAUACCGGAUAUCUGUAAAUGCUGCCCUUCUUCUCAGCAAAGAUAAAACAAUAUCCACUUUUGCUAGCAUCAUAACAUCCACAACAGCUGCUUUGCUAAACUUAGUUUGCAUAAUGAUAUUCAAUCAG